AUGCGAGGCACAUUAGAUAAUUCUCCAACGGCUGCGUUGCCGCGUAUCUUGUGUCUCCAUGGUGGUGGUUCAAACUCAAGAAUUUUCAAGGCUCAGACCCGUGCGCUACGUUACGAACUUUCAAACCACUUCCGAUUUGUGUUUGUCGAGGCUCCUUUUGACUCCGAACCCGGGCCAGAUAUCACAUCGACUUACGCGAAGUUCGGCCCAUUUCGACGAUGGUUCAGAUCCGGACCUCAGCAUCCAAUUAUUGACCCGAAAGACGCAGUUGAAUUCAUCGAGGAAUCGAUAUAUGAGGCCAUGGAUCGUGACGAUUUACAAGGAGGUACAGGAGAAUAUGUCGCUGUCAUGGGCUUCAGUCAGGGUGCUAAGCUUGCGGGAAGCUUGCUUUUUCGGCAGCAAGCCCGCGCCGAGAAGCUUGGAAAAGCCAUGAGUGGUACGAACUUCAGAUUUGGGGUUCUGAUGAAUGGAAGAGGUCCACUGGUUUCCAUGGAUCCGGAUCUGGUGAUGAACUCGGCUCUGCUUGACGCAUCACAGAUUUCGUUGAAUUGGCCUGUUACAUUUGAGGACCUCCGAAACAAAGAGCACGUACUACACCUACCCACCAUUCAUGUUCAUGGGCUUCAAGACCCCGGUUUAAUGCUGCAUCAAAUAUUUCUGCGAGAAUACUGCUCUAAAAAUGCGAGGCUGGUUGAAUGGGAUGGGGAACACAGAGUACCCAUUAAAACGAAGGACAUUGUUCCUCUCGUUCACGAGAUUUUGCAUCUGGCGAAGAUAACAGGGGUUAUUUUCCCUCCAAUAUGA